GGCUCAAAGGCUGGGCGGCGCCGCUGAGCAGUCGGAGUGCGGGGCGGCCCUCGUGCGGGACGCGUUGGGCUUUCUGCUGCCCGGAGGUGCGGGGGACAGCUCGGGAAGAUUCCAGCUGCAUCAGAGACUGAUUAUUUCCUCACACCGCUGGGGAGAGGCCCACGCGGGAUGGUGAAUUCUCUCUGAGUCUCCACUAGCAGAACAGAAGAGCGAGUCCGAGCGGCGAACCCCGAAGACUUGGAAAGCUGGUAGGGGGCUUGGGUCAUUCCACGGCGGAAGCCAUGAUUUAGGCGUCGGCACCAAGACACACUUCAGGGAUGUAGCCCUCACCUCUUUCCUGCCUGGGGUUGUCCGAAAGCCUUUUGGAAAGCACCGUUCUAAAUUUAUCCUGCUUUGAAUCAUCGUCGCUCCUAAGAGAGGCACUGGCCCUGUUUGCAUCGGGAUCCUUGGUUUUCCUACAACGCGCCUGCAGUAGAACUUUUUGCUAGUGGACCCGCGGUGUGCGUUGAGAAGAGACUCGAAGAAAACAGUUGCGGCCAGCCGGCCGAAGCUGGAUUAGACGAUACGGCUAGAGUGUUUGGCUUUAUUUAUUUAUUUUUUAAUUAGGAAAAAAGAUAAGAAAUUGCAGUGUGAGUUCCCCUCUCCCUUUCACUUAGAGGAACAAGGAUUAUACAGAAAUUUGAAAUUUCAACAAGAAGAACUUGAGCUUCAUUGGAUCCCCGCCUCAAAGAACAGCUCCAAGCUUUCAGAAGGAGUUCUCCCUUGAAGACAAAGAACAGCUCCCUAACCACAAGCAAGGCAUCGAUGCCCAGCUCUUAGCUGCACUUCCUAAAGUUGCAGAAUUGAGAAAAAUCUUCGAGCCAAAGAGGAAGGAAUUUCUAGACAUGAAAAGAAAAGAGAGAAUUGCCCGGCGCUUAGAAGGGAUUGAGAAUGACACGCAGCCCCUCCUGCUGCAGAGCUGCACGGGGCUGGUGACGCAUCGGCUGCUGGAGGAAGACACGCCCAGAUACAUGCGCGCCUCGGACCCCGCCAGCCCGCACACUGGCCGAUCAAAUGAAGAGGAAGAAACUUCGGAUUCUUCUGUGGAGAAGCAGACCCGGUCUAAGUACUGCCCCGAAUCCUCAGGGGUCCAUGGUGAGCCGUCCUACAGCGUGGGGACCAUGGACACCCACGGGCUCGAGUCCAAAGCGGAGAGAAUCGCCAGGUACAAAGCAGAAAGGAGACGGCAGCUGGCCGAGAAGUACGGGCUCACCCUGGACCCGGAAGGCGACUCCGAGUACCUCUCCCGGUACAGCAAGUCCAGGAAGGACCAGGACGCCCCCGAGAGGCGGGGAGGCAGAAGCGAGAAGCAGGAGGAGUCGGGCCAGGAGCCGAGUUCUGCGUACUCCAGGACCUGCGCGGUGGACCCCAAGGACCAUGCCCCCCGCGGGAGCGACAAGGAGCUCCUGUUGAACGUGGAGAACCAGAGACGUGGUCAAGAGCCCCCCGUGGUGGAGAGUUCCUCAUCCUUGUCCUUGUCCUUCUCCGGGCGCGACUCCUCCUUCGCUGAAGUGCCAAGGUCUCCGAAGCAGACACAAAGCUCGUCCUUGUCCGUGCAGCGGCCAGUCUCCCCGAGCCUCUCUGGAGGUGACACACCUCUGCCCCCUGAGACCCGCUCCAGUCUGGGGAGACCCAAACAUGAGUGGCUUCUCCAGAAAGAUGCCGAGGGCGACACGUCUUCGCUCAUCAACUGGCCUUCCAGAGUUAAGGUUAGAGAAAAGUUGGUGAAGGAGGAGAGUGCCCGCAGCAGCCCUGACCACGCCUCAGAGGCCCUGUCUCAGAGGAGACACCAGCCAGUGCCAGUCCAGUACCUCUCCUUCCCGUCAGAACACUCGGCCUUUGACAGGGUGGCCAGCAAGGUGGCUGGCUCCGCCCGACAGCCCAUGCGAGGCUGCAUCCAGCCGGCAGAUCCUGGCCACACCGUCCAGCUGGCCACCUCGGAAGCCCCAGAGAGCGGAUCUGAGUGCAGCUGGCCGGGAUCGGCUGCCCAGAGUGUCUCCAGGCCUCCCGCCUUGAAGGUUCUGGAAGGGGAGAGGAAGGGAACCGCCACACUGCAAGUCUGUGAGUCUGAAGCAGACGAAGACACGCUCAGGCAGAGCGGGAAAGAGGAUGCGCUCCGGCAGAGCGGGAAAACGCUCUUGACCUUGGAAGACAGCGGGCCGGAGAGGGGCCCGGAAGCGCUCUCUGCACCGGAGGACCCUGCAAAGCCGGCCCCUGGCGCAGUCACCUUGGAGCAUCGGAGUGAUCUAGAAAGCCUGCCGCCGCCACCUGCCGCUGAGCGCCAGCCCCCUGAGAGAACGGCCCGCAGCGAGGUGGUCUUGUACGUUCAGAGCAAGCCCGCGUCCCCGGACGCCCAGCCAGCCAGCCGCACACAGGAGGCGUCUGCGAGGAAGCACCGGGUCCGCACGCGCUCGCUGUCGGACUUCACGGGCCCGGCUCAGCUCCAAGCCUUCCAGGGCAAAGACUCAGCUCCCAGGCGAGGGCUGGAGCCGCAGAGUUCCAAGGCCGAAGGGCCCUGUGCCGAACUCGGCCUUUUGGAUACCAAGGUCUCUGUCGCCCAGCUCCGAAACAUGUUUCUGCAGUCGGCCAGUGCCAGCAAGAAGAGCGAACUCCCUGCCCGGGUGGAGAGGUCAACCAGAGGAGCUAGCUCGCCCGCCGGUGUGGAACGGGAGAGAGGGUCCCGGAAACCAAGACGCUAUUUUUCUCCGGGUGAAAGUAGAAAAACUUCUGAGAGAUUUAGAACUCAACCUAUAACGUCAGCAGAGCGCAAGGAGUCGGAUAGGUGUACUUCAAAUUCAGAAGUGCCAACUGUAGAAGAUGAAGAAAAGGUGGAUGAACGGGCCAAGCUGAGUGUGGCUGCCAAGAGACUCCUGUUCAGGGAAAUGGAGAAGUCCUUCGAGGAGCCGCAGGUUCCCAAGCGACGCUCCCGGAACGCCGCGGUGGAGCAGCGGCUGCGGCGCCUGCAGGACCGGUCCCGCACGCAGCCGGUCACCACCGAGGAGGUGGUCAUCGCGGCCACUGAUCCUAUCCCUGUUUCCUGCGCUGGGGUCGCCCACCCCGUAAUGGCCAGACCGCCCAGCCCCACUGUAGCUAGGAGCACGGUGCCGCCUGCCAGGUUACAGGCGUCCGCCCAGCAAAAGACCGUAGCCAGGGACCAGCCAAACGAGGGCAAAGAUGCUGCCGAACUGGGAGAACCUGACUCCUCCACUCUCAGCUUAGCAGAGAAGUUGGCCUUGUUUAACAAACUGUCCCAGCCGGUCUCCAAAGCCAUUUCGACCCGCAACAGAAUAGACCUGAGGCAGAGGAGAAUGAACGCUCGCUACCAGACCCAGCCCGUCACCCUCGGAGAGGUGGAGCAGGUGCAGAGCGGGAAGCUCAUCCCUUUCUCGCCUACCGUGAACACAUCCGUGUCCACCGUGGCCUCCACCGUGCCUCCUACGUACGCCGGGGAUCUGCGGGCGAAGCCCCCCGUGGAUGAGACCCUGAGUGCCGCUGAGCACAAGUUUCCUUCUGUGCCAGAAAGUGCCGAUUCUCCCGUGAGGAGCAUUCUGAAGCCGCAUGCCUGGCAGCCCGCCGCGGAGGGGAGUGGGAGCAGAGGAAUGUCGCGAGAACGCAGAGAGAUGGAGAGCAGCAGGGCUUUGGCGGUGGGGGACAGUGGUGUUAGGAAGGUGGGGGCCAGCGAGGGCGCAGAGCCCUCCUACCCCGUCCCCAGCAGAGGCAGGGAAGGGGACAUCCCCAGGGAGCCCCCCCAGUAUGCAGUGCCAAGAAGAGGGAGCCUGGAACCGGCUGCUCCUGCCGCUGCCCACCUUGGUGAUGAACUGAAGGAAUUUUCCACUGCGAAAAGCAGUGCCCAGGGGUACGUGGACUUGAACGACAGGCAGCCCUUUGAAGAGAAAGUGGAUGUGGAGGAUCUCCCCAGAAGGAAGUUUUCGCUAAGAGAGUUCAGGGAACCCACUUCCGAGCAGACAGAGGCGGUUGAUGGGAAAGCUGUGGCUCCGCCCGCAGCCGCCUUGUCCUGGAAGCAGCAGGAUUCCCCAGAACAGCUCCAGGAGAAGUGCUAUAAGAACCCCUGCGCCAUGUUUGUUGCCGGAGAGAUCAAGGCGCCAGCUGCCGAGGGGGCCGCCGUGGACUCGCCCAACAAGACCAUGUCUAUCAAAGAAAGGCUGGCGCUGCUGAAGAAGAGUGGGGAGGAAGACUGGAAGAACAGGCUCAGCAGGAAGCAGGAGUACGGCCAGGCGUCUGCCUCUACCGGCGGCCUGCACCUGCCAGACACGGAGCCACUGCUGCCCAGGAGGGAAGAAGGAGAAGUUACAGACGAUAAUGCCAUUUCUAAUCUGCUUUGGGAACCUGUGUAUGCUACUGCUUACUCUCCUGCUCUACCUGCUGCCCAUAAGUACCCGUCUUUUGUAUCUGUUAACCAGCGGGUGAUGGACAGCCGGGAGAGCCAGAUGACCAUUGAAGAGAGGAAACAGCUCAUCACCGUGCGAGAGGAAGCCUGGAAGACCAGAGGCAGAGGGGCCGCCAACGACUCCACCCAGUUCACCGUGGCUGGCAGGAUGGUGAAGAGAGGUUUGGCAUCACCCACGGCCAUAACUCCAGUAGCAUCCCCUGCGUGCAGUAAGUCAAGGGGCACCACGCCGGUUUCCAAACCCCUGGAAGAUAUUGAAGCCAGACCGGACAUGCAGCUGGAGUCGGACCUGAAGUUGGACAGGCUGGAAACGUUUCUGAGAAGGCUGAAUAACAAAGGGAUGCCAGAGACAGUGCUCAGUGUCACGGGCAGAUCUGUCAAGGAGGUGAUGAAGUUGGACGACGAGGAAACGUUCGCCAAGUUUUACCGCAGCGUGGACUAUAACGUUCCCAGAAGUCCCGUGGAGCUGGAUGAGGACUUCGAUGUGAUUUUCGACCCGUAUGCGCCCAAGCUGACCUUCUCCGUGGCCGAGCACAAGCGCGCUGUUCGGCCCAAGCGCCGGGUCCCAGCUUCCAGAAACCCCCUGAAGAUGCUGGCAGCCAGAGAGGACCUCCUGCAGGAGUACACGGAGCAGAGACUCAACGUGGCCUUCAUGGAGUCCAAGCGGAUGAAAGUGGAGAAGAUGUCAUCCAAUUCCAACUUCUCGGAAGUGACUCUGGCCGGCUUAGCCAGUAAAGAAAGCUUCAGCAGCGUCAACCUGCGGAGUGUCAACCUGACCGAGCAGAAUUCCAACAACAGCGCCGUGCCCUACAAGAAGCUGAUGCUGCUACAGAUCAAAGGAAGAAGACACGUGCAGACCAGGCUGGUGGAACCUCGCGCCUUGUCACUCAACAGUGGGGACUGCUUCCUCCUGCUGGCUCCCCAGCACUGCUUCCUGUGGGUCGGAGAGUUCGCCAACGUCAUAGAAAAGGCCAAGGCCUCGGAACUUGCAACUUUAAUCCAGACAAAGAGGGAGCUUGGCUGCAGAGCUCCGUACCUCCAGACCAUAGAAGAAGGAAUUAACACACACACGCACGCAGCCAAGGACUUCUGGAAGCUGCUGGGCGGCCAAACCAGCUACCAAUCUGCCGGGGACCCCAAAGAGGACGAACUGUACGAAACGGCCAUAAUAGAAACCAACUGCAUUUACCGCCUGGUGGACGACAAGCUUGUCCCCGAUGACGACUACUGGGGGAAAAUCCCCAAGUGCUCCCUGCUGCAGUCAAAGGAGGUGCUGGUGUUCGAUUUUGGCAGCGAAGUGUACGUGUGGCACGGGAAGGAAGUCACGCUGGCACAGCGGAAGAUAGCGUUUCAGCUGGCCAAGCACCUGUGGAACGGGACCUUCGACUAUGAGAACUGUGACAUCAACCCUCUGGAUCCUGGAGAGUGCAACCCGCUUAUCCCCAGGAAAGGACAGGGCCGGCCCGACUGGGCAAUCUUUGGGAGACUCACUGAGCACAACGAGACGAUUCUGUUCAAAGAGAAAUUCCUCGAUUGGACCGAGCUGAAGAGACCCAUGGAGAAGAGCCCCGGCGGGGACGUCGCCCAGCAGAAGGAAGACCCCAGGGCCGAGAUCAAGGCUUACGACGUGACGCGGAUGGUCCCCGUGCCCCAGGUGACAGCCGCCACCAUCCUGGACGGCGUCAACGUGGGCCGUGGCUAUGGCCUGGUGGAAGGCGACGACCGGAGGCAGUUCGAGAUCGCCAGCGUCUCCGUGGACGUGUGGCACAUCCUGGAAUUCGACUAUAGCAGGCUCCCCAAGCAGAGCAUCGGGCAGUUCCACGAGGGGGACGCCUAUGUGGUCAAGUGGAAGUACAUGGUGAGCACCGCAGUGGGCAGCCGGCAGAGGGGCGAGCCCUCGGUGAGAGUGGCCGGCAGGGAGAAGUGUGUGUACUUUUUCUGGCAAGGCCGCCACUCGACCGUGAGUGAGAAGGGAGCGUCAGCCCUGAUGACGGUGGAGCUGGACGAAGAGAGGGGCGCCCAGGUCCAGGUCCUGCAGGGCAAGGAGCCCCCCUGUUUCCUGCAAUGUUUUCAGGGGGGCAUGGUGGUGCACUCGGGGAGACGGGAGGAGGAAGAAGAAAACACGCAAAGCGAGUGGCGGCUGUACUGCGUGCGCGGAGAAGUGCCCGUGGAAGGCAGCCUGCUGGAAGUGGCCUGUCACUGCAGCAGCCUCCGGUCGCGCACGUCCAUGGUGCUGCUCAACGUGAACAAGGCCCUCAUCUACCUGUGGCACGGCUGCAAGGCCCAGGCGCACACGAAGGACGUCGGGAGGACGGCGGCCAAUAAGAUCAAGGAGCAGUGCCCCCUGGAGGCGGGCCUGCACAGCAGCAGCAAGGUGACCAUCCACGAGUGCGACGAAGGCUCCGAGCCGCUGGGGUUCUGGGACGCCCUGGGGAGGAGAGACAGGAAGGCCUACGACUGCAUGCUGCAAGAUCCGGGAAGUUUCAACUUCGCCCCGCGCCUGUUCAUCCUCAGCAGCUCCUCCGGGGACUUCUUGGCCACAGAGUUCGUGUACCCUGCCCGUGCCCCUACCGUGGUCAGCUCCAUGCCCUUCCUGCAAGAGGACCUGUACAGCGCACCCCAGCCAGCGCUGUUCCUGGUUGACAACCACCACGAGGUGUACCUGUGGCAGGGCUGGUGGCCCCUGGAGAACAAGAUCACAGGCUCCGCCCGCAUCCGCUGGGCCUCAGACCGCAAGAGCGCCAUGGAGACGGCGCUGCAGUACUGCCGAGGAAAGAACGCCAAGAAGCCACCCCCCAAGUCCUACCUGAUCCACGCCGGGCUGGAGCCCCUGACCUUCACCAACAUGUUCCCCAGCUGGGAGCACCGAGAGGACAUCGCAGACAUCACGGAGAUGGACACAGAGGCUUCCAGCCAGAUCACACUGGUGGAGGACGUCUUGGCCAAACUCUGCAAAACCAUCUACCCGCUGGCCGACCUCCUGGCCAGGCCGCUGCCCGAGGGCGUGGACCCGCUGAAACUGGAGAUUUACCUCACCGACGAAGACUUCGAGUUCGCACUGGACAUGACCCGGGAGGAGUACAACGCGCUGCCCGCCUGGAAGCAGGUGAACGUGAAGAAGGCCAAGGGGCUGUUCUGAGUGUGGGGGGCUGCGGCCGCCGCGCCCGCCCCGGGAGCCAGGGCCCACGGAGUCUACAGCUGUUGGGUUUUUUUGGACUGGUAUUUUUAAACAAGUAUUUUUUAAAAAAAUCCGAGUUUUCAAAACCCGACGGUGGGAUGCACACGAGUUGUCUCGGAGCUGUGUCUUUCGGCCCCGGCGAAGAGGACUCGGGAGACGUCUCCACGGACUGCAGGGAACGCGGGGAGGCGGAGCUGAGCUGGCCGUGCACCUGUCAGCACCCCGCAGAGCUCUGCUCCCUGUCCAGGCAGUGCAGCGCCUGUGGUGUGCUUUUUUGGUUUUUUUUUUUUUAAGCAAUUCUCUUUAUAAAGUGUUAUUUUGAUAGUUUGUGGAUUCUAAAAUAUAUAUAUAUAUAUAUAUUUAUAUAAACACCGUAUAAGCCAGAUACGUAUUUAACAAAGCAAUAGGUAUCCGAUCACGUUUCAGAGUUUCUCUCUUCUCUGGUGUCAAAUCCUGCGAGAGGCAGGUGGAGUGGCUCCGGUCCGUCCGUGGGGCCUGGGGCCAGCCCUGCCGCCCACCCGCCUCUCCGACCGUGGCCAGCUACGCCCCUCCCCUUCCGCCUUAGCUAGGACUUGUGCUGAGUGCUGCUUCCGGUGCUAACACGAACACAGGACUCGGGCUGAGCGGCGCAGACGCCCCGAAACCGAUGCGAACCGACCUCUCUCCCUCCCCGGCGCCCCCGAAGUGUAUAGUGCCUUGUCUUCCUGUACAGUUUUAUAUACAGUCCGCUCCGCGUUUUUGACGAUGGUUUGGAAGUUUCUCGACAAUUUUACUGUCCAUUCGUAGAAACAAAAACAUCUCGAUUUCUAAACGGCUGUUGUAACCCCGACAACACGUCCUUUUGUGAGAUGGAAAUUCCCAAAUAAAAGGCUUCGGA